AUGUCCCGGCAACUCCAUCUGGAUACCUCCAACUUGGGGGGGAACCCCAGGUAUUCCUUCCUUGAGACUCCGCUGGAAAUGCAUGCUGGCCACCAACAUCUUCAUCAGCAGCCAGCGACCGUACCCGAGGCGAAUGCUGCGCAACAUCAACAGCUGCAACCAGCUACCACCGAGCUUGCUCAGCUGCCAUUAAGUGAAAAGGCGCAAUACCUACCCGAGGACCCGGCUAUCUCUCAUCAUCCCAGCGGUCCAAAUAUCGAGCAUCACCCGGCCAUCUAUGCUCCUUACGCUGAUGAUGUGCCUCAACAGAUUCAGAAUCAUGACGCAGUGGUGCCUGACUACUCAUAUGUGGUGCCCCCAGGCUCUCCAGGACCACUUCCAAUUAAGACAAAUCCGGCGACCAUGAGACAAAUCCAAGAAAUUCAGACUGUUUCGGUAGUGCCCGAUGCAAACCCGUUGCAGACGCCGCAGUUGCCUCGUUUCCCACAACCCGUCGCUGUUGGACUACCGCAAACACCAGUCAUGGAUAGUCUCAUGGUAUACCAUCAGCCAGGGCAGAUAGCUCACCCAAACCAAGUGAUCAAGGGCGGAUCCUGGAGUCACAGGUUGUUGGCCACGAUUCAGCGCAGACGGACACGCAAGGCAUACGGGAUCCGGGGCGACAUUGCAUCUGACUGCGUCCGGGCCACUUGUUGCAUAUGCUGUACCCUCAUUCAGGACGAAACAGAGAUCAAGACGCGCGAGGAAGAGAGGGGGAAAGCUGCUAGAGCUACGGGGACGCCUUUGAUAUCGCCCUACCUUCCUCCAAUGCAGAUGUCAUAUGGGCUCCCGAGGUCAAGGGUUGAUGAACUGGCAAAGGGGUUUACGCUCGAUUUAACCGCAUACGACCCCGGAGCUGAGCCUCACCCCACCUGCAGUAUGACCGUCGACAACGCAGCUGGCUUUGACUUAGAUCAGGGGCAGAGACUCGCUCUGGAGACUUUCACACAGCUGUGUAAGGAUCAGAGUCUCCUGGAUCACCCAGACGGCCUUGCAGAGCAAGAUGCGCGGGAUGCCAUCAAUGAUGAGACUACUCUAGUACGCUUUCUACGUGCCCGCAAGUUCGAUCCCGACGGGGCAUUCGAACAGUUUCGCGAGGCGUGUCGGUUUCGCAAGGAAAACCAUAUCCACGAGGUGUAUGAUGGGAUUAGGUUGGAGGAUUUCGAGACCGCUAGAAGAGUGUACCCUCAUUGGACUGGUCGUCGGGACAAACGAGGCCUUCCGAUAUGUAUCGCCAAUUUCAUCAACAUUACCGGUGACACUGUGACGGGGUGGAAAGGAACCCGAUAUCUACAAGGUACAUCCAGUGAGUUACGCCAAGUUGAUAUUCUACAGCUGGGCUCGGUCAUCUUCGACAGUAUUACUCGCUUCGCAUUCCCACUUUGUUCUGCGGUGGCAGGGAAGCCGAUCACCCGCGCUGUGAUUCUCGUUGAUGCGUCUACACUCUCCCUGAAACAAGGAUUCGAUCUCAGACUGUUCGCCCGGGAUAUCACGAUCUGGAAAAUCUUAAAGGGCUGGGUGGAUCCCGUCACCGCUGAAAAGUUAGUUUUCUUGACACCCGUGGAGGUCUUACCAACUCUGAAGGAAUAUAUCGACCCCGAGAAUCUUCCAGUGAGUCUGGGUGGGAAACUGGACUUUGAGCACGGAAUGCAAUACGAUCUAGAUGCUGCGGUCCGCAAAGUUUUAGGCCGUGAUCAAUUGGUGCCGGGACCGAUGAAAUGGGUGUACGAUAAUCGGGGGAGAAUGAGCGCAGUGGCCGUGGGCAGUGUGGAUGGACAGAAGCGACAGGCAACCGUGGCGACCUUGGAAUGA